GACUGUAGUGUUCACAUCACACGCGACACGCCGAGAAUUUUUCGCAAGUUCGACGCGCGCCCAAAGUAUUAUCGUUCUAUUCCGCGACACGAUAAUUGGAUACGUUACAAAACGCACACACUUAACGUGUAUAUACAUAUUAUAUAGAAGAGCGCGAGCGCGCGACCAUCUCGACAAAACGCACACAUAUAUAAUACGUACGCACAGGACAACGCAGGAGACAGACCGUUCGAAGGACACGCGAACAGAGAGAUAAAGUACCAGCGAAAAGGAUACUUCUCUCGUAUAAAAAAGACACUAUCUACCUUCGAAGGAACAACGACCAUAUACGCACAUUCCUAACGACUGUGACUAAUUUUUAGAAGGCGUUCUUUUUGCGAGGAUUUUUCUCGCCGAACCGCGCUCUCUGAUCGUUCUCUUUCCUUCUUUCGAGACGAAAGUUUAUUCGCGAGAAGAAGAAUAUUUCGACGGAUAAUCCCGUGAAAGGGGACAACGAUCGGCAAGACACAGGACCUUUGACUCUCUGCCAGGGGUGACUACCCCCCGUCGACGCCAAGGACAACCGGAAGUGCUUCGAAGUACACGCUACAUACACAAGUAUAGCGUGUCCCGUGUAUAACACGCGUUCGUUUUCCGUCCAUCUUGCCUCGUCGAGGAAGUGUGCCGCCACCCACACCCUCUCUUGUUCCCCCCGUGAACUUCCGGUCUCGAAGAUCCUCCUACAGGACGUUGGGGAAGGAGAAACGUGGUGAAGAGGUGAAGUUCGAUUAUCGAGAGGUGAACACACGAGGUUCACCGCUCUCUGUCAGUUUCUCGCUCGCUGUCUCUCUUGCCGGGGCGUCGUCAUCGUUGUCGUCGUCGUCGUCGUCAUGGGCGGAUGUACCUCUAAGGAUACCACGUCGAACGACGACAAGAAAAAUAGCAAUAUGGUUGACCAGGCAGUUUUGGACAAACUGGAAGCUGGCUUCUCCAAAGUGGCUGGCUCUGACAGCAAAUCUCUGCUGAAGAAGUAUCUGUCCAAAGAGGUCUUCGAUCAACUGAAGACAAAGAAGACUUCCUUUGGAUCCACCCUCCUUGAUGUGAUCCAGUCUGGUGUGGAGAAUCUGGACUCUGGUGUCGGUAUCUACGCGCCUGAUGCUGAUUCUUACACAGUUUUUGCUGACCUCUUCGAUCCCAUCAUUGAAGACUACCAUGGUGGCUUCAAGAAGACUGACAAGCAUCCACCAAAAGACUUUGGAGACGUCGAUAGCCUUGGCAACCUUGACCCAGCUGGUGAGUUCAUCGUCUCCACCCGUGUAAGAUGCGGCCGUUCUCUGGAAGGCUAUCCAUUCAACCCCUGCCUGACUGAAGCUCAGUACAAAGAAAUGGAAGAGAAAGUCUCUAGCACUCUAUCUGGCUUAGAGGGUGAACUCAAGGGAACUUUCUAUCCUCUAACUGGUAUGAGCAAAGAAGUUCAGCAGAAACUGAUCGACGACCACUUCCUGUUCAAGGAGGGUGAUCGCUUCUUGCAAGCUGCCAAUGCUUGCCGCUUCUGGCCCACUGGCCGUGGUAUCUACCACAACGAUGCCAAGACCUUCUUGGUCUGGUGCAACGAGGAAGAUCAUCUCCGUAUCAUUUCCAUGCAGAUGGGCGGUGAUCUUGGACAGGUCUAUCGUCGUCUGGUGAGCGCCGUGAACGAGAUCGAAAAACGACUUCCUUUCUCCCACCACGACCGUCUUGGUUUCUUGACCUUCUGCCCUACCAACUUAGGUACUACUGUCCGUGCCUCUGUACACAUCAAACUGCCUAAAUUGGCCGCUAACAGGGAGAAGCUUGAAGAAAUUGCUGGAAAGUUCAAUCUCCAGGUCCGUGGUACUCGCGGAGAGCACACCGAGGCCGAGGGUGGUAUCUACGACAUUUCCAAUAAACGACGUCUCGGUCUGACCGAGUAUCAGGCUGUGAAGGAGAUGCACGAUGGAAUCGCCGAGCUGAUCAAGCUCGAGAAAGAACUUUAAACAGCGCGCCAGAAAAAAGCAACCACGCGAUCAUUUCCCUCUUUUAUUCGCCCUUUAGACGUUCUUGAUACAUCGAGGAUCUCCUUUCCUUCGGAAAACGAAAACGAAAUUCAAACAUCUUUAAGAAAUUUCCAUACUGUUUCCCGCAUAAACUGAAAGAAACGCGUAUAUCGAAGAGAAAGAUAAAAAUGUAUUAUAGUUUGUUCACGUUUUCAAACGUGAGGAAGGAAAUUAAAGAAUAAUAGGAGGAUAUCCUAAAAAAAGAAACAAUUUCUAAAAGACAAUGGGGCAUUUCUGGGAUUUCUGAUCCACGCUUUUUGUCACGUGGUAUAAUAAUGGUGGUAUAAUAUGGUUUUGGUCCUCGAUGUGCUAAGAUCUCUUCACGCAGCUAUAAAGCGCGUUCUUAGAGUUCCAAACGGAGACGAUGUAAGCGUCGUUCGCGAUAAAAAUUGAUUCUAUAAAACUCUAGCUAGCCUAGUCAAAAUCUAAAGAUCGAAUCUUAAAUAUCCUAAAUUUUUGAAAAAAUAUCUAGAAUUGUCGUGAACGGUGAACUUUUGCACGUCUCUACGGUCUCCACCUCCCUCUUUACACACGCGAUAUGAUUACUAUUAUUAUUAUUAAUUAAUAUUAUUACCGUUAUAUUAUUAUUAUUAUUAUUAUUAUUAUUAUAUUAUUGUCUCUUACGUUGACUCAAGUUCCUUUGUAUCAAUCCGUACGAACAAAAAGAAAAUGGAAAAGAGAAGAAAAAGCUUGUAUUAUAAGUUCUAUAUAAUACGCAUUAUAUUAUAUCUUUAACAGUA